UUUCUGUCUGAACUGUCUGCACAUCACUUUAGUUUGUUGUUGGUUUGGAUUUGGUUUAUUGAAUGAAUUCUUUCGCAUGGUUUUUCGUUUAAAUUUUUUACUUUGCCUAGGUAUGUUCGCUCGUACUGUGCACGGCUCGCACCACCACUAAAUUAAGUUUCCUCAGCCGCCUUAGUGUACAGUGUAUUAAGUUUUCAAAAGUUUUAUUAAAAUAAUUUGUAACUGUUUGUUAAAAAACUUUAACCAUGGAGAGUGUUCGCACUCAGAAUAAACUCAAGUUACUGUUUGAAAAACUGCAACAACCAAACUAUGUGAUGAAUAGUUACUACGCCGACAGUUUCAUAAACAAAAUAUCCAACAUCUCAGACCCGGAAACGUCCAACCUCAUCGAUUUUACGUUUCUGCGGGACCAGGUAAUCGACGCCAUGAGGAACAUGGACAGCUACCAUAACACAGUGAACGUAUUCCUCGGCCGAAUACUCGCGAUCGUCAGCCGCAAGGAGCAGCACUUCAACAAAAUACUCGAAAAAAACGGAGACAAACUCCUAGAAACCUUUAACAAAAUAGACCUAGAUACCAUGAACCCAAGCCUGAAGGUUGCGUACCUAGAAAUCGCAAUAGCAAUAGUGUCGCACAAUUCCGGAGUGUCCUGGAUACUGAAGUCUGAGCUAUGGAAAAAGUUACUGACCUUGUAUCAAAAACCAUCCACGAUAUUCGUCUUAAGACUAGUUUAUAAAUUUGUCUCCGAGUUUUUAUGGAAACUAGACGAGUUGGACGAUGAACCUAAUCUCACUAUAAUCCUAGGACACAUAGCGAAGCCUAUAUUGGAGGUCAAUUACAUUGACACUCAGAAUGUAACGUGUGAGGAGGAAGAUGAAUAUUGUAAAAAAUUUGAACCGGUCUUACAAAUGUUUCUUAGUGCAUUGCUGAGCAAAAUAGAUAGGGUUCAUCAGAAAAAUAAGAUUAUGUCCAUUUUGAUGAAUGAGAUCAAUUUCCAAACACAUCUUCACUUCUUGUUGGAAAGAAUACGCAACGAAAACGUGUCGAUGCUUAUCAUUAGACUAAUAUUUGCUUGGGUACUUCUAAGGGUAUUCCAAAAGAAACCCUACUUGCCGGGAGUAGUGUAUAAAUUUGAAGAUUUUAUAGAAUUACAAGCUUUGUACUUCAAUAUGAUACAUUACCUCAUACAGAAGAGAAACGUUAUGCAAGUAGUGGACUGCUGUAACAACUGCAAUUCGAUGGUGCGUACGGUUUUUAACACCUUAGCCAUGAACAAGUUGGACGAUGAAAGAGAGAACAAGCUGCAAUAUCAGAUGCUGUUCAUAUACCUCGUCCCGUUGUUGGUGUACAUCAACAAGACUGCUAAAGGGAAUUGCAAGGGUUCUAUGACUAACGAUAGAAUUAACGAGUACAUUUCUACUUUCGUCCACAUGAGCUGCGAGCACACCUCCCGGGCCGCAUACGCUCUAAGAGAUUUGAUAUUGGAGCAGGACGUCAUGAACAUAACAUUUGAAAGCGUGAAAAGACUGACUUUCUUCAAGGACCAGUUGAACGACCAGCAAGCGAAUACUUUAUUCCAGGCGUUAUUCUAUGUGCUAAGGGAAUACGACCCGACAGACGAUUACGGUGAAAUCCAAACGGAGAAUUUGGAGGACAGCGAGCAGAAAGUCUUGGUGAUGACCUACGUCAUGGACACGGUUUUGUCGUUAGUGAAGCGCUACAAUAUUAAGUGGCACGCCAGCUUAGAAGUGGCAUGUCUUAACGUUAUUGUCCAUAACAUUCUCACGAGGAGACCAAACUUAACAUGCAAGUUCGUCCUAGCAUCGCUGGGCGUGAUGACAGUGACAGUCCAGAAGUUUCUGCCGCCCAACCUGUCCCUCCUCAUGGAGGCAGAGCCAGGGUCAGCAAUCCACGAGAUGGGCAAGCUGAUGUUCACCAAGAUGCACGAUAUAAACUGGGAAGUCAGGGAUUCCGCGCUGGAACUGCUCAACGUUUGCACGGAGAUAUCGUAUAUUAAAUUUCCACCGUUCCGUAAGCAGAUCAUAGAGAACAAACUCAUCACGGUAGCAGCAACCAUCGCCUUCAACGACCACGAGCCCUACGUCCAGGUGUCGGCGCUCAAAUGCGUCGGUGCAAGUUGCAAGAUAUCCAGCAUGUGGGAACAGUUACAGGGGGAACACCCGAACUUUCUGGACCGAAUGAUAGCAGUACUUCGCAACAACCAAGAGGGGAUCGUCCGGAAAGAGGCGUGCAACGUUUUAUGCGAAAUAUACCAACACAUCAAGCUCGCGCCGAACUUCAGGCAAGCCCUAUACGAGCACAUGGCCUCGGCAGCCAUCAGCGACUUUCACUGGGAAGUCCAGCUCAGCGCCCUCAAGUUUUGGAAGUUCGUCAUCCAGUCCUACCUGACGGACCAAGGUAUGUUAGACGGCACUUUCCCCCCGGUCACGUUUUCCAGAGAAUCUCGGAAGAUCGUCACGCUGAACGAAGCAGAAAUCAGGAAAAGACUGCUCAAAUUACUCGACGAGUUAGCAGCCAACGGGUGCCUCACAGUCCUGCUCAAACUGUUGCACGAGGACACCGAAGUAGAAGUGAUGGACGCAGCCCUGUGCAUAGCUGAAGAGUUGAACGAGAUCUUAGUCAAAUACAAAGUGCCUGACAUCGUAGUGAUAGCUGAAGGAGAACCUAAAAGCAUGGAAGACUUGGUUUGCGUCAUCGAGCCCGACGAAGUGCAAGAGGAACAAAUGGACCACGAUACCGCUACGACAUCGGAUAACGUUAUUGAUGGCAUUAUAAAAUGCGACGAUAUGAAUCUAUUAGCCAACAUAUACCAGAAACAUAUGAGUUUAGACAAACCCGACGCGCCAAAAGUGACGCCCAAAUUAAAAAUUACAAUAUCAGCUACGCCAUACUUAUUCGUAAAUUAUAUGCGGGUAAAUGAUUUCAAAAAUACUAUCAAACAGAAGAGGGAAUGGAAAGAUGGCAUAAGAAGCGUGUCUUCACUUCUGGAUGAUGUGCUUGGCUUGUAUGAUGAUAAUGAGGAAGUGAACUCUUUAGACUGUUAUUAAAGAAAACGAAUUUAGGUUUUAUGGUUCUCUAUUACGAUUGUUACUGUGUCGCCGCGAGGAUCUGAGAAGUAAGGAACUAUCUACAAGCUAAACGAAGUAGAAGAGCAUGGUAUACUUAGUUAUAUGAAGUAGAAACAUUAAUAUUCUUAAAAAAAAGGUUUCGUUCACAAAAGUUCUCGUGGCGCUUAGUGCGGUUUUCAGUGCCAUUGAAUCGAAAUAUAAUCUGCUUAGUUCAUGGUAUA